AUGAGCUCCUACUUUGUCAACCCGCUGUACUCCAAGUACAAGGCGGCGGCGGCGGCGGCGGCGGCGGCGGCGGGGGAGCCCAUCAAUCCCCCGUACUACGACUGUCACUUCGCGCCCGAGGUGAGCGGCCGCCACGCCGCCGCCGCCGCCGCCGCCGCCGCCGCCCUGCUCUACGGGAACGGCGCGGCCGCCGCCGGCUUCCCGCACCCCGCGCCCGGCGGGGCGGGGGGCGGCGGCGGCGCGGCCGCGGACUUUUACCACCCGGCCGGGGGGAGCCCCACGGCCGCCUACCAGCCGCCUCCUCCUCCCCCCGCCGCGCCUCCGCCUCCUGCCCCCUGCAGCGGGGUUACCUGUCACGGGGAGCCCGCUAAAUUUUACGGAUACGAUAACUUACAGAGACAGCAGAUUUUUACGACACAGCAAGAGGCCGAGCUGGUACAAUAUCCUGACUGUAAAUCGUCCAGUGCUAAUAUUGGCGAGGAACCAGACCACUUAAAUCAGAGCUCGUCUCCUGCUCAAAUGUUUCCCUGGAUGAGACCACAAGCAGCGCCGGGUAGGAGGAGAGGAAGACAAACAUACAGCCGAUUCCAGACUCUAGAGCUGGAAAAGGAGUUCCUCUUUAACCCCUAUCUGACCAGGAAGAGGAGGAUCGAGGUGUCCCACGCACUAGGACUCACCGAGAGGCAGGUAAAGAUCUGGUUUCAGAACAGGAGGAUGAAAUGGAAAAAAGAGAACAACAAGGACAAAUUCCCCGCUUCCAGACAAGAUGGAAAGGAAGGGGAGGCCAAAAAGGAAGCACAUGAUCUGGAAGAAGACAGAGCUGAAGGCCAGACGAAUUAAAUUUUGCCCUAAAAGCCUUUGUGAAAGGCUACAAAAAAUAACCAGCGCCAUAGCCCCGACAUCUCGGCCCGUCUCCCCCUGUACGCGGUCCGGCCGUGGGACGAGUGACCCCGCGUUCCUCCGCUCGACAUUUCUCCGCUUCGGGUGCUUCACUUGUUCGUGGUUUUGUGUUGUUUUUAACCGUAUCCGGAACAAUCUCUAGAUUAAACAGUUUAUCUAUUUCUUUUGGAAAUUUGAUACAGAGUUUGUAGCAAUACAUCUCUAAUGAUAUAUAUACAUACUUCGGUUUUUUUUAAAUCUUAAAAGACGGUGAUUGCGGGAAACGACAUAAACUUCCUAAUAAUAAAUGCCAAUAAGCAAGACAUUUAACAAUGCUUUAUUAAUCAAGACAAGUGCACUUGUACUAUUUUAA